AUGGAAAUAAACGAAAAUGAUGAUGAAAAAAAAAACUCAGAUAUUAUAUGGGAAUCUUUGUAUAAUGAUUUUGAAGAGAUAACUGACACAAAUAAAAAACAUUUUAAUUAUAUUGAAAAUAGUUUGUAUAAUUUUUGCAAAGGAGUACAAUUUUCAGAAAAAGAUAGUUGCAAUUUAAAAGAUCGAAACCCUGAUAUAUUUGGAAAUGAUGAAAAUAAUAAAUUAGAAAAAGUUGAAAAUUAUAAUAUAAAAGAUUCUGAUGAAAAUAAUAAUCAACUAGCCAUAAUAAAUAAUAAUGAUAGUAGCGAUUAUGAAAAUUUAAAAAAAAAAAAUAUUUUAUAUGGAAAAAUUUAUAAAAAUGAAUAUUUAAAAAAUAAUUAUAUAGAUAAUGAUAGUGAUUAUUUAAAGGCAGAGACACAUAUAAGCUACAACGAUUUUAUAAAUAGUGAUAAAACACGAAAUUCGGAAAAUUUAAAUCUUUCCUUCUCAAAUAUGAGCUCCGAAUUAAAAAAAAAAACACGCACAAUAAAUAACGAUCCGAAUGGUGCAAUUUAUCCGAACAAUCCAAACGAUGCAAAUUAUUCGAACGAUGCAAAUUAUCCGAACAAUCCGAAUGGUAUUCGCAAAAAUGAGAUCCCAAAUGGGAAUGUAAGAAAUGUCGUAUCAUUUAUGAGCGAGUGUGGAAAUACUAAACAAAAUAUUAACAUUGCUAAAAUGAGAACAGAAUUUUUUAGAAAAAGAGAAGAAGAUUAUAGAUACUUGUUAAGUAAUAAAAAAAUUUAUGAUGAUUCCAAAAGUUGUGGAACUGAAAUGUUAUAUUCAUCACAAUUUAGCACAUUUGAUGGUUAUAAAAAAAAAAAUAGUGUACUUAAUAAAUUAAAAAAUAAUAAAAAUUUUGAUAUAAAUAGUGAAUUUAAUUAUAAUUAUAAUAAUAAUGCACUUAAUGAAAAAAAUGGUUCGGAUAUAUCAAAAAAUGUUUCGGAUAUAUCAAAAAAUGUUAAGACAAAUAUAAAUAAUUUAAAUUCUUUAGAAAAAUUAGAUAUAUUAUUAAAAAAAAAAAAUUAUAAUUUAGUUAAUAAUGAAAAUCCAGAAUUAUUAUCCCUUUUUUUAAAUCAUGAAAAAAAUAAUAAUUUAUCAAGAAAAGCUUUAUCACAAUGUUCAAAUAAUGAUUAUAAAACAUAUCCAUGUAUUUUAGAAAAAUUUGAAAAAAAAAAAAAUCCCCAAUUAAUAAACACUAUUGAAGAUAACGAUCAUAAUGAACUAAUAAAUAGAUCAAAAAAAUUAUUAGAAAUAAGUAAAAAAUGUUUAAAUGAUGAAAAAAAAUAUAAUAAAAAUACUUUCACUGAUGUAAAUUCAAACAAUUUGAAUAAAAAAAAUCAAAAUUUUAUUUUAUCAAAAUUGAUUAGAAAUUGUCAUUCCACUUCUGUUCCUUCUGUUUCUGCCAUUUCCACAUUUAGUGAAAAAGUUGGUCCUAAUAAUAACAUAAUAAAUGAAUACGAAUUUGGUAAGCUCAAAAAUGAAUACGAAUUUGAUAACAUAAAAAAUGAAUACGAAUUUGGUAAGCUCAAAAAUGAAGUGGGCUUAAUUAAACAUGGUUCUUCUAUACAUGGGAGAGAACAAGAUAGCUAUAAAUAUUAUGGAAAAAAUUAUAUUCAUCUUAAAAAAGGAAAAAAUAUAAUAUCAAGUGCUAGCCAAAUAGAUAAAUUAAGUCAAAUUGAGGAUAAAGAAAAAGACAAAAGUGAAAAGGAAUAUAAUAAAUGUUUAUAUCAUUUAUUUGAAGCUUAUGAUAAAGAAAAAAUAGAUGAUAUGAAUGAAAAUAAUAUUUUACAUAGAGACAAUAACAUAAUACAUGCUGAUUCGCAUAAUUUGAAUAAAAACAAUAAUCAAGAUGUAACAUAUAAUAAUAAAAAUGAAGAUAAUAAAAUAAAUAUUACAGAUUGUAAUGAAUUAUAUAUUUCUGAUUUAAAAGGAAAUAAUAAAACUAAUGUUGAAAUUAGUAAUAAUACAUCCAAUUUUGAAAAUUUUGAUGAUAAAAAAAGUUAUCUAGGUUUAAAUUUUCUAUUUAAUGAUGAUACAAAAGGUAGCAAAAUUGGUGAUACUGUUGAUAAAAAUAAACAAAAUAUUAAUAAUAUUGAACAGAUUUAUGAUUUAAACAAACAUGAAUAUAAUUUAAAUUAUAAAAAUUGUGAACAAAAAAUAAGUGAUGAAAUAAAAAUGUUAAAAAAUAAAUUCAUUGAAGAAAGAGCUGGAAUAAAUGAUGAUGAUAAUAAUAAUAGUGUUAGUAGCAUAAUAAAUUUCCGCGAAAAUAAUAAAGAUAAUGAGCUUUACACUGAAAAAAUAAAAAAAGAAAUUAUUGAAUAUAAAAAUUUGGAACAUAUAUCAGACGAAUAUUUUAAUAAAAAUUAUAAUGGUAAUGAUUUAAAACUUUUAUUUAAAGAAAAUUUAUUUUUACAAGAAUUAUGUGAAAAAAGAAAAAUUCGUUUACAAAAAUAUAAAAUUGAAAAAGCUAAAUUGUGUGUAGAAAUGAAAUCGCUUUUAAGUUUUAACAAUAAUUUAAGUUGUGCAUUAAAGGAAAAAGAAACAGAAAUUACUAUUUUAAAAAAAGAAAAAGAACAAUUAGAAAAUGAUUUAAUGAAACAAUUAACUAAUAAUAGUCAUAAUAAAUAUGAUUUCCUAACAAAUUUUAAAUUACAAAAUAAUAUAAAUAAACAAGAAAAAAACGCAAGUUUUAAUACAUGUAGUAGUAACAGUUAUAAUAUGAUGUUAUGUGAUAAAAAUGAUGCACAAUCACAUUACACAAAUGAUAAUAAUUCGUCUGUGAUAAAAAAUUAUGAAAAUAAAAUUCAAGAACUUUUAAUUCAAAUUAAAAUGUACCAAAAAAAAAAUAGCGAUUUGCAAGAACAAUUGAAAAUAUUUAUGAACGAGUAA